GAAACGAAAACGGGGAGGAGAGGUUUGCUUGAACCAAUGAGGGCGCGGUGAGGAGAGGAGAAUGUCGCAUUUGUCGAUAAACACGUCGUAACUAUUGAAGGUCACGGCAAGUCCGGUGCCGAUCAGAUACCAUCGCCCCCUCUCGCUCGAGAAAUAGAGGCUCCUUGCCCUGUCCCUCAAGUUUAGAGCAGCAUUCGUUUAGCCGGCAUCGUCGGUUAACCUUCGUUUCCAUCAGGGUUUUAGUGAAUUUCAGCCAUGGGUGGAAAAUUCUCGUCGAUGGAUCCCAUGGAGGUGGAAGUACCGGCUUUAAAAACCCUUCUUGAUCGCGAUCCUUAUUUACAUCCAUACGAGAGAGAGUUCAGACGCAGGUACGCUGUGUUUAAGGAUUACGUUGAGAGAGUAAAUUCAUCUGAUGGUGGUCUGGACAAAUUCACAAAGGGUUAUGACUACUUUGGAAUCCACGUCAAUCCUGACAACUCCAUUACUGCACGGGAGUGGGCGCCAGGAGCCCAACAGGUGUACUUGGUUGGAGAUUUCAAUGGUUGGAACAAUGAAAGUCAUCCUUUCACCAAGUUGGAGUAUGGCAAGUGGGAGAUCAACAUUCCUCCUUCCUCAGAUGGAUCACCUGCCAUUAAACACUUGUCUGAAAUCAAGUUGGCCAUCCGGACACACAGUGGACAGCUAGUGUUCAGGCUCUCGCCCUGGGCCAAAUAUGUUGUUCCGCCUCCGAAAAGUGAAGGCUUCACCUAUAAACAACGAAUGUGGAGUCCUCCUGAGAAAUAUCAAUUCAAGCAUGCUAAGCCAAAGAGGCCAAAGAGCUUGAGGAUAUAUGAAUGCCAUGUGGGUAUUGGAACAGCGGAAGGUAAAGUUGGUACUUACUUGGAGUUUGCUAACAAUGUUGUUCCUCGUAUUGUUAAGCAAGGUUACAAUACAAUUCAACUAAUGGCAAUCAUGGAACAUGCCUACUAUGCUAGCUUCGGGUAUCAGGUUACAAGUUUCUUUGCUGCGUCAAGCCGUUAUGGUACACCAGAAGAAUUAAAGUACUUGAUCGAUGUUUGCCAUGCAAAUGGACUAACUGUUCUUCUUGACAUGGUUCACUCUCAUGCUUCAAAAAAUGUUGAUGAUGGACUCAACCAGUUUGAUGGCACAAACAGUUGUUACUUCCAUGAUGGAGCUCGUGGAGAGCACACUUUGUGGGACAGCCGUCUUUUCAAUUACUCAGAAUAUGAAGUUCUUCGCUUUUUGCUCUCUAAUUUGAGAUGGUAUGCUGAAGAGUAUGGUUUUGAUGGGUACAGAUUUGAUGGUGUGACAUCAAUGUUGUAUCACUCACGAGGUCUUGGUCAAGGUUUUGGAGGCCAUUAUGAUGACUACUUUGGCUUAGAUGUGGAUACUGAGGCUCUAGUCUAUCUGAUGCUCGCAAACUACAUGCUUCACACACUUUACCCUGAUAUGAUCACUAUUGCCGAGGAUGUAUCUGGUAUGCCUGCAAUGUGUCGCCCAGUCGAGGAGGCUGGGAUCGGUUUUGAUUACCGUUUAGCUAUGGCUAUUCCAGACAAGUGGAUUAAAAUGUUGAAAGAGCAAAGUGAUGAUGAUUGGAGUAUGGGUGAUCUGGUCCACACUCUGACCAACAGAAGAUGGAUGGAACCAGCAGUAGCUUAUGCUGAAUCUCAUGACCAGGCACUUGUGGGAGAUAAAACCAUUGCCUUUUGGCUUAUGGACAAGGAAAUGUAUACUCACAUGUCAACUUUAUCAGAAUCUACUCCUAUUAUUGAUAGAGGACUUGCUCUUCAUAAAAUUAUCCGAUUAAUUACGCAUGCUCUUGGUGGAGAGGCAUACCUGAACUUCAUGGGUAAUGAAUUUGGCCAUCCAGAAUGGCUUGACUUUCCUAGAGCAGGAAAUAAUGACUCUUACCACUACGCCCGGCGUCAAUGGAACCUUGUUGAUGACGAAUUGCUCAAAUAUAAAUUCCUUAAUAACUUCGACCGUGCGAUGAAUCAUCUAGAAGAAAAGUAUGGGUGGUUGAGCAAGGACUCGGGAAACCAAGUGGAGGAUUGGGGAUAUGUGAGCUGGAAACACCAAGAUGAUAAGGUUAUUGUGUUUGAGAGGGCAGGUUGCCUCUUUGCUUUCAAUUUCCAUUCUUCAAAAAGCUAUACAGACUACCGCAUGGGUGUGGAUGUUCCUGGGGACUACAAAAUUGUCCUUAACUCUGAUGAUGCAGAGUUCGGAGGGUUCAGCAGGAUUGACAACAAUGUAGUCCAUCACACAUUUGAUGAAGGAUUUGCUGGACGCAGGCAUUCCCUCCAGUUGUACCUUCCAUGCCGUGUUGCUUUGGUAUUAGCCAGGCACUAGCAUACAAAUGACCCCUGCCCCUGAUGUGAAAUUGUACAAAGCCAAGUGCCAAGUCUUUCAUAUUACUUUUCAUUGCAUACUGCACAGUCAAGAAAAAGCGUCAUCUGUAUAUUGUCAUUGUGUUCAUGCAUGAAACAUUUGAUUAUAUUUUUGAGUCUUGUAAACAUUCCUUGGCUUUUAAAAUUCCAGGGUGUGCAGUAGUUGUCUUACUGUCUUCAUGUAUACUAGAUAUGUAAUAGGUAUUAUCUAAGGCUCCAAAAUGUGAACUUUUGCUGAUGUGCUACCUAUUAUCUGAAGAAUUAUUGUACAUUUUAAAAUUGAGUCUUUCAACUGUUGGAUUGAAAUGACCUAUAUGUGCCAUAAAGAUUUAUAUGUACUGAUCUAUUUUCUAUUCAGUCCAUAUUGUGAUAGUCUUGUACUUUAAAGUGAUUGUAAAAACGUUUGUGAUUAUUGUUCGGGUAUUGUUAACAAAUUAUGACAGUAUAAAAUAAUACAAGAAUAAGACUCUAAAGCAUUGUUUGGUUCUAGUCUUUGAUUUGUUCAUUUUAAUUUCUGUGUGCCAUGUAUCAUUGAGUGUACGUCUGCAAUACACCCUCCUCUCCUUUAUAUGUGAAUCUAAAUCUAAUUGAAUUUCAUCCUUCCUUUGUAUUAUUAGCACUGUUCAUAAGAUUUUGUAAUUUUGUUGUUUUGUUUUCUGAAGCUUUUAUGUAAUCAUAGCAUAUAUUUUUUUAGACAUUUUUAUAGUCUUGCGCUUGUUAUGUAUCUUGUUAAUCAUUAAACUUCUAUACCUGUUGGGCAAUAAAUAUAACUUCUAAUACCAAAA